GAGAACGACUUCGGGGUGUCCAGUCUGUUCUAGCCCAUCUUCCCCACCUGCUUGGCCCUAGAGUCUAUGUCCUUUCCUCGGAGCGCGCUUCGGUGAGCGCGCCCUGAAGCCCGCCCUGGAUCCUCAUGUGGAGACCGAGUCUGGGGCUCCCAUGGCCUCCCGUAGCCUCCGGGAGCCUACUGUCUCUGGCACGGACACCGACACGGGGGACGAGGGCGUGCGCGGCACCUGUGAUGACGCUUCCCUUUGCAAGAGGUUUGCUGUGAGUGUUGGCUAUUGGCAUGACCCAUAUAUUCAACAUUUUGUGAGACUGUCAAAAGAAAGGAAGGCUCCUGAAAUUAACAGAGGGUACUUUGCUCGCGUUCAUGGUGUCAAUCAGCUGCUAAAGGCUUUCCUAAGGAAGACAGAAUGCAAUUGUCAAGUUAUAAAUCUUGGUGCUGGUAUGGAUACUACAUUCUGGAAAUUAAAGGAUGAAAAUCUUCUACCAAAAAAAUAUUUUGAAAUUGAUUUUCCAAUGAUAGUCACAAGGAAACUAUAUAACAUCAAAGCCAAAUCUUCUCUAUCAAAACCAAUCCAAGAAGUCCAUUCAGAAGAAUCUUUUCUAUUAGAUGGACAUGUCUUGGAUUCAAAGAGAUUUGCCAUUGUGGGAGCAGAUCUCAGAGACUUAAACAAGAUGGAAGAGAAACUAAAGAAAUGUAACAUGAAUACACAAUUACCAACUCUGCUGGUAGCAGAAUGUGUACUGGUUUACAUGACACCGGAGCAGUCAGCAAAUCUUUUAAAAUGGGCAGCCAACACUUUUGAAACAGCGAUGUUCAUAAACUACGAACAGGUUAAUAUGGAUGAUAAGUUUGGGCAGAUCAUGGUUGAGAACCUUCGCAGGAGACAGUGUGACCUGGCUGGAGUUGAAACCUGUAAAUCUUUAGAAUCUCAGAAACAGCGUCUACUGUCAAAUGGAUGGGAGAAAGCUUUUGCCAUUGACAUGAUGGAAUUAUAUAGCAGUCUACCACGAGCUGAAGUUGGCAGGAUAGAAGCACUUGAAUUCCUUGAUGAAAUGGAGCUUCUUGAGCAACUUAUGCAGCAUUACUGUCUUUGUUGGGCAAUAAAAGGUGGAAACAACCUAGAUCUCAAGGAUAUUACCUACAAAUAAUUUCUUCAGGGAAGUUAUUGAGCCAGAAGCCAAAGCUACCAUUCCUUCUAUGGAAGAAAUGCUUUAGAGCUUUCUGCAGUGAAAGAACCAUGCAUGUACACGCCUCACUCUCUUCAGUGUCACCCACACUUCCAAAAGACUCAAGAAACCAGUGUUGCUGGAGAUGUUUCCUGCUGGUUUAUUGUAUUAAUAAAUCUCUAUCAUCUUUCUGAGCAGA